AUGGGAGGCCUCUGGCCGUGGGUGCUUGGUCUACUCUCCAUGCCAGGUUUGAUCCUAGGAGCGCCCUCAGCCUGCAGCUCCCCCGAAGCCUGUGGAACCAGCUUCUCAGAGGGCCUCAACCCUGAGGAGACCCAGACGUCCUGGGACAAGGACAUCCCUGCGAUUAACCAAGGGCUCAUCCCAGAGGAAACCCCGGAGAGCAGCUUCCUCCUGGAGGGGGACAUCCUUCGGCCAAGUCCCUUCCGGCUGUUCUCAGCGAGCAGCAACAAGUGGCCUAAGAACGGGGGGUUUGUGGAGGUCCCCUUCCUGCUCUCCAGCAAGUACGAUAAACGCAGCCGCGAGGUCCUCCUGAAGGCAUUUGCCGAAUUUGAGCGCCUCACGUGCAUCAGGUUUGUCGCCUACCAGGGCCAGAGGGACUUCAUUUCCAUCAUUCCCAUGUCUGGAUGUUUCUCCAGUGUGGGACGCAGUGGAGGGAUGCAGGUGGUGUCCCUGGCACCUACCUGUCUCCGGAAAGGCCCAGGCAUUGUCCUGCAUGAGCUCAUGCAUGUGCUGGGCUUCUGGCAUGAGCACUCACGGGCUGAUCGGGACCGCUAUAUUCGUAUCCACUGGAAUGAGGUCCUCCCAGGCUUUGAAAUCAACUUCAUCAAAUCUCGGAGCAGCAACAUGCUGAUGCCCUAUGACUACUCAUCAGUGAUGCACUAUGGGAGGUUUGCCUUCAGCCGCCGUGGGCUGCCCACCAUCACACCGAUCUGGGCUCCCAGUGUUCACAUUGGCCAGCGAUGGAACCUGAGCACCUCGGACAUCACACGGGUCCUCAGGCUCUAUGACUGCAGCCCAAGUGGCCAAGGCCCCCGUGGGGGAGGGUUCCAGCCCCCCAGCGAUGGUAGGAGCCCUACUCCUGUCUCUAGACCAUACCUGCAGCGGCUUCUGAAGGCAUUGUUGGCAGAAUCUGGGAGCCCUGACACCGGUGGCCCCAAGGCUGGAGCCUUGCAUGUUGCUGCAGGGCCCGGAGAGAGCCCACGUAGCUGGGAGCGCCCUGCGCCAAGGAAGUUCGCUAUGGGGGCAUCUGCAGGGCUGCUUCAGACCCCAGCUUCCUCCCUGAACUCCAGGCCUGGAGCAGGUGUUCCUGGUAUUGCUCUAGAGACGUCCUGGCUGGCCCGAGUGCCCUCUGUACCCCCAACCACGGCUCCAGAAGCAGAAGACCAGCUAGUGCCUAUCCAGGAUGCUUUGGGGACCCCAGAUCUGCCAGGAGCACAUGUACCUGAAAGUCCUUUCAGGGGGAUGCCAGGAGGUCGAGCCUGUGGCUUCUGUCCCCAAGGGGGAAGGGCAUCCUCAGUCUCCAAGAGCUGGGUUGUGUAACCCCUGGCCUUCCCGGACAGUACCCGCUCUUCCAGCCCCCAAGAUG